AUGCCUGCAAAAACUGCCGGCAAGCAGAAGCCGCAGCACAAGCCGAACAAGACAGAGCUCAAGAAGCAAAAGAGGAAGCGCGAUCAUGAAGACCUGCACAAACUCGCGGAGGCCAUUGCCCAGCUGGACCCCAAGUCUGGCAAGGUGAAGACUUUUGCUGACCUGUCGGCGGCCAUUUCACCUGCGACGGCAUCCGGCCUCCACGCAUCACACUUCACCAACAUGACCGAAAUCCAGGAACAAGCCAUCCCGUUGGCAUUGCAGGGCAAAGACAUCCUCGGUGCAGCGAAGACGGGCAGCGGCAAGACUCUGGCAUUUUUGGUACCGGUACUGGAGAAGCUCUAUCGCGAACAAUGGACAGAAUUCGACGGCCUUGGUGCUCUCAUCCUCUCCCCAACUCGAGAGCUGGCGGUUCAGAUUUUCGAAGUGCUACGCAAGAUCGGACGACACCACGCCUUUUCAGCUGGGUUGGUUAUUGGUGGAAAGAAUCUGAAGGAGGAGGCUGAGCGGUUGCUUCGAAUGAAUAUCCUUGUCUGCACGCCAGGACGAAUGCUGCAGCACUUGGACCAGACGGCCGGCUUCGAUGCAAACAACUUGCAGAUUUUGGUGUUGGAUGAGGCGGAUCGAAUCAUGGACAUGGGAUUCCAAUCUGCAGUUGAUGCGCUGGUUGAGCAUCUGCCCAAGUCGCGCCAGACACUCAUGUUCAGCGCAACUCAGAGCAAAAAAGUUUCAGAUCUUGCCCGACUCAGCCUGAAAGAUCCCGAAUACGUCUCCGUGCACCAAGACGCAACGACAGCAACACCCACUACCCUUCAACAACACUACAUCGUCACCCCACUCCCCGAAAAACUUGAUACGCUUUAUGGCUUUAUCAAAGCCAACGUCAAGAGCAAAAUCAUUGUCUUCCUCAGCUCCGGCAAGCAAGUCCGGUUUGUCUACGAAAGCUUUCGACAUCUUCAGCCCGGUAUUCCGCUACUUCACCUGCACGGCCGUCAAAAACAAAUCGCACGACUGGAAAUCACAAACAGAUUCACUGCUGCAAAGACAUCAUGUCUGUUUGCGACGGACGUGGUUGCGCGAGGCAUCGAUUUCCCUGCUGUUGACUGGGUCAUUCAGGCGGAUUGCCCCGAAGAUGCUGAUACGUAUAUCCACCGUGUGGGACGAACAGCCAGAUUCCAGAGCAACGGCCGUGCCGUUCUCUUCCUCGACCCCAGCGAAGAAGAAGGGAUGAUUAAGCGACUAGAGCACAAGAAGAUUCCCAUACAAAAAGUGCACGUCAAGGAGAAAAAGAAAAAGAGCAUCAAGAAUAAUCUGCAGGACAUGUGUUUUAAGUUCCCCGACUUGAAAUACUUGGGCCAAAAGGCAUUCAUCAGUUACACAAGGUCAAUUCACCUGCAAAAAGACAAAGAAGUGUUCAAGUUUGACGACCACGACUGGGACGCAUAUGCCUCGAGCCUUGGCAUGUCAAGCGACUCAGAAUCAGACAUGGAUCUGGACGGAGAGUACGAAAAGAAGAAGGAGAAGAAGAAGCCCGAGGUGCGGACGAAAUACGACAAGAUGUUUGAACGAACGAACCAGGACGUUUUGUCAAGCCAUUACUCUAAACUUGUGCUGGAUGGAGGCAAGGAAGACGAUGAUGAAGAGGAUGACUUUUUGUCUGUAAAGAGAAGACUAAACGAUGAUGAGGUCGAUGCACUUACAGGCAAGGCGACUAUCAACAAUGCCAAAGUCAUAGCGCUAGGCGGCGACGAUUUAUACGUCGUCGAUUCAAAACGCCGUGAGAAAGCCCUUCAGUCAAAGAAGAAGAUGGCCAAGUUCAUGGGCAGCUCGUCGAAGCUCGUGUUUGACGAAGAAGGCAACGCGCACGAAAUCUACGAGCUCCAAGACGAAGAAGACUUCAAGCAACAAGGUCCCGCAGAAGAGCAGCGACAGAAGUUCUUGGAUAGCGAGACGGUCAGGGUCAAGGAGGCUGACGUGGACGACAAGGCGCUCGCGAAGCAGAAGAAGAGAGAGAAGAAGGAGAAGAGAAAGGCGAGAGAAGCGAUGGAGAUGGCUGGUGGUGAGAGCUUUGAUGCGGAGCUUGGCGGGAACGGCGACGGCGAAGAUCCGUUGGCUUUGUUGCGCUCUCUGCCUAUUGCUGGGGAGGAUCGCAGUGAUGAUGACUCAGAUGCUGAGCCGCCGCGGAAGAAGGCCAAGAAGUGGUUCCAGGACGAUUCAGACGAUUCAGACGCCAAGAAGAAGAGCAAGGGCGGCAAGAAGAAGAAGGGAGGCAAGGUUAUUGAGGUGGAUCAGGAACCUGAAACAUUGGAGGACCUGGAAGCUUUGGCUGCAGGUCUGCUGGAUGGUUAA